AUUUUUCAGGUUAGUAAAAAAAUGCCUUAUAGUAAUCGGCAUUUCUUUUGCAUUUUCAUUAUGUUUUUCCGGAAGUUAAAGAUAGUAUUUUGUACAAAGUGGUCUUGGAAAUUGUGUGUAACAUCUCUAUAAACCUAAAACUCCUGGGUUACAGUGUUCUAUUCAUUUUAUAUAGAGCAUAACACAAACUCAAUGGCUUUGGCACUGGAUCCUUUGAUUCCGUGUUGUGUUCUGGAAGAUGCUUUUGAACAAAUUACAUCAAUCCAUGAUUCCCUCUCCAAGCACAGUAAUUCCUUGCCAAAAUGUGAAAUCUGCUGGGAUUAUGAUAAUGAGAUUUCAUCAAUCAAAGCUCAAUUGAUUGUAAUUUUAGGUAGUUUUCCUAGGAGAAUUGUGAAGAUAGAGGAUAUUCCGGAUAUUUCCUCAGAACAAAUCCUAGACAGUCAUUCAAAUGAUGCAAGUAAUCACAAUACUGAGGAUGAAACUGAAGAAGUCAUUGAAAAGGAUGAUUUAGCAGCUCUUCCGGAGACGGUGGCAAUAGAAUUUUCUUCUAAGGAGAAAAUACCAAGAAAAUCUAGAAAACUCGACUUUGAGGGGAAAUCGAAGAAGAACUACAAAUGCGAAACAUGUGGAAGGAUUCUAUCGUGCCAUCAGCGACUUAUGGAUCACAUUCGUAGUCAUUCUGGUGAGAAACCCUUUGAAUGUGCAACGUGUGGGAAGAGUUACUCCACGAAAGAAUACCUCGUUAGGCACUUGAAAGGUCAUAUAAGGACGCCUAAGGUACCUCUACGACAAAAAGGUGCACGAAAGGAGUUCAAGUGCAAAGUUUGUGGGAAAAUUCUGUAUCAGAGAAAGGGAUUGAUUGAGCACAGUCGUAUUCAUACGGGAGAGAAACCAUUCAAAUGCAAUAUUUGUGGGAAAAGCUAUCGCUUCAGUAGUGAAAUUUGUCGUCAUAGGGCCAAGCAUGCCCUAGGAGAGCAGUCCGAUGCCUUCAAAUGUGAAUUUUGUGGGAAGAAUCUGUCGGGAAAGGAACGUUUGGCGGAACAUAAGAGGAUGCAUACGGGAGAUAAACCAGCUCAGUGUGAUAUAUGCGGAAAAAGAUUCCACGGUGAAAUGUCUCUCUACAGUCACCGAAGACUGCAGCACCUUAAGCCGGGUCUAGGUACGGCAAAGACAGAAUACAAAUGCGAAAUUUGCGGGAAAACUCGAGCCAGAAAGACCGGCCUCAUCGAACAUAUGCGUACUCACACCGGCGAGAAACCAUUCAAAUGUGAUAUCUGCGGAAAGAGCUUUACAUUGAAAAAUCAUUGCAUAAAACAUCGGGAGAUUCAUGAGAGGAGUGAAAAGGGUGAUAUGUACAAAUGCGAAUUCUGUGGCAGAAGUAUGUCUGGGCAGGAAAGGCUGACGGAACACAUGAGGAUGCAUACGGGUGAAAAACCCGCUCAAUGUGAUGUUUGUGGGCGUUUUUUCCACGGACGCAUGGCACUGUAUAGUCAUCGGCGUACGCAGCAUUCGUCUGGGGUAAAUCCCUAUCAGAGAAAGCGGUACAAAUGCGAUAUCUGUGGCAAAUUAAUUCUGGAUAGAAAUAGACUUACUGAACACGUUAGAAUUCACACGGGCGAAAAACCCUUCAAAUGCAAUAUGUGUGAGAAGAAUUUUGCAAGAAAAUCCAAAUUGCUGCUGCAUGUAAAGCGAGCCCACAAUACUACGUUCCCGCAAAAUCCAUAAAAGAAAUAAAUUUGAAAAAAUACAAUGUUCAAAUUGAAAAACAAUAAAGAUAUUUACCAUCGAGCA